AUGUCCGGUGCAAUAGGCCACAUUUCGGUUUUUGACCAUAAUUCAACGGAUUGGCAAAUUUUCCUAAGUCGUUUGAAGCAGUACCUAAAAUUGAACGAUAUAAAGAAGGAAAACCAAAGUGCUUUAUUGCUAACACAUUUGUCGGACGAAACGUACAGGUUAGCUAGGAACCUCGUGCAUCCCAAGAACAUCGAGGAAGUCACAUUUGAGGAACUAGUUAAGGAGCUCAGCAGUCAUUUCACUCCAAAAAGGUGCAACUUCGCCGACAGGGCGAGGUUCUACGAAGCGAGCAGGGCAGGUGGCGAAAGCGUGGAGGCAUGGGCGGCGAGGUUAAGGGGCCUCGCUAUUCUGUGCGACUUCGGCAGCGAGCUCGAGGUCCUGCUACGGGACCGGUUCGUACUCGGGAUGAGUAUGGGCCCGGAGCGGGACCGGCUGUUCGAGACGGACGCGGCCACGAUAACCUUCAACAAGGCGUUGGAGCUGGCGCAGCAGGCGGCGUGUGCGCGACAGGCGCGCGCGGCCGCCGUGCCGCUCAAGGAAGAGCCCGUGUUCCGGGCAGGCGUGAGUCCAGGUGGCGCAGAGCCGCGCCGCUGCUCCGCCUGCGGCUUGAAGAGCCAUACGGCUGAUAAGUGUCGUUACAAAAAGUUUCGGUGUCAACAGUGUGGUGAGAGAGGUCACCUUAAGAAAGUGUGUUCAAAUAAAAAGAACCAUAGGCUUCUUAACAGUGUCAGUGUCGAAACGGGGUCGGGGUCGACAUCCGCAGGGGCGCAAGUUGACGUUGAGGAGCACACUUGCCGCGAGUGUGAGCUUUACAAUUUGAGGAUUUCAAAAUAAUGUUGGAGGAGUGCUACGCAUGUGCGUGCGCACACACACAUAGAUAUGGUUGUCCAGUGUAUGUAUCUUCAGUGGAAUACAGAGCUUCACACAG